AGCGCGCUUUCCGUGUCUGGUUAGUGGACUGACAGCCAGCUGUGCGGCUACAACGACAACAACAACCUCCUGGAUUUUGCUACAUACAAAUAGAUUAGUGGGGUGUUUUUUUUUUUUUUUAAAGUCUCAGCCACUGAUCACAAAUCAGUACACACUAUAUAGCUAUUUUUUUUUUUGUUUUUCCUGUGCAGAGAGAGACUCGACGGCGCGCAGCUACAACAACCAGUGAAUCCAUCGGCGGUUUCCGUGCUAGCUGCAGCUAAGAAGAAGCUUUCCUCACCAACAUGAAUCCGCUGUGUAGCAGAUGUAAUCUAGUCGUUUACCCCACGGAAAAAGUGAAUUGUCUGGACAAGUACUGGCAUAAAGGAUGCUUCAGCUGCGAGGUCUGCAAAAUGACUCUAAACAUGAAGAAUUACAAAGGCUUUGAGAAGAGACCAUACUGCAAUGCGUCUCACAGGGUCAAGCCGGGCCACAACAUCUCCUGGUUCCACAAUGCAAGCAGGCCUCUCCUCCUGCACAACACUACCCCAAGACAAACUUCACCUGUGUGGCUGACACUCCAGAGAACCUCCGCCUCAAACAGCAGAGCCAGAUGCAGAGCCAGGUUCGCUACAGGGAGGAUUUUGAGAAGAAUAAAGGGAAAGGUUUCAGCGUGGUCGCAGACACGCCGGAGUUGCAGAGAAUUAAGAAAACGCAGGAACAAAUCAGCAAUAUUAGGUACCAUGAGGAGUUUGAGAAGAGGAAGGGAGGAGAAGGCCCACAUCAUCAGCCGAGCACCCCCAGCCCAGGUUUCCAGCCGCCUGCAGCCUCUCAGAACUUCCACUAUGAGCCCACUCCUGAACCAGUGCGCCAGGCGGCUGCCGCCCCUCCACCGAGUGCUGGGAAGCGGUACAGGGCAGUGUAUGACUACGCUGCCGCUGAUGAGGACGAGGUGUCCUUCAUGGACGGGGACGUGAUCGUAGAUGUGCAGCAGAUCGACGAGGGCUGGAUGUACGGCCGCGUGGAGCGCACCGGCCAGCAGGGCAUGCUGCCCGCCAACUAUGUGGAGGCCAUCUGAGUGAGAGGGAAAGAAAAAGAGGGAGAUAGAAAGAAGGAGGAGGAGGUAGAGAAAGGGAGGGGAAGAAGGAAAGGAAAAGCCCAGUGCCAUUUCAUCUUAAUGCCGCUUUCUCUUGAUUUUACUCUUGUCCCCUAACCUGUCCUGUGAGACUCUGAACCCCCCAAAUCCCCAACCUCCCACCCCCCUUCUGCAUCCCUGCUCUGCUCUCACUGUUCAGCUCCACCACAGACACCCUCUGCCUAUCUGUCGGUCUGUCUUUCUCCGUCUGUCUGCCUGCCUCUCUUGUCAGUCUGUCUGUGUCGGUGUCUGUCUCUGUCUCUGGAUGUUUGUCAUUCUCUUUACCUUUUCCCCCCCAAUCCUGGCUCCACUCUCGUGCCGUCACAAGUCUUAAAAGAUGAAAACUCAGUUCGUCGCAGUAUGUCAGGGGUCACGCCGCAUCACACAUCUCCAUCCUAGCUAUAGCACUUACCAAUCCUGACACAACAUCGUGCAAAAACAAAGAAGAUAAAAUAACGUGGAGAAAAAAUAGAGCCUCUUUUCCCCCCGCACCCCACGAGUCAGUCGACACAGCUGCAGACGUUAUUCUGUGGAUAAAAUAGGUUUGAAGUGUUGGUGGGUAUGUGGCAUUUUCAUAACCCUGCUUCUC